UCUUGAUAAAUAAAAACGUAAAGAUGUCGGCUGAAGAAUAUGAUACUGAAAUGGACUACUCAGACUCUGACUGUGGAGAUCCUGGUUAUGAAGACUAUUAUAAUGUUCAACCAUGGGAUGGUGAAGGUGACAAUGAUAUAGAUAAUGAUCAAAGCAGGAGAGAUCCAGAGUAUGCUGUAUAUGAUUGUUUAAGAAUUGAAGAAAUGGAAAGACUUUUAAAUGAAGAUGUAGAGAUGUUGAGUAAUAGUCUUCGCAUAACACCAUCCUUAGCCAAAGUUCUACUACACGCACACAAUUGGGCAUUACAGGAAAUCAUUACAAAAUACCAUACCAAUGCUUCCAGUUUAUUAAUUAAUUCGAAAAUAAAACCAGUACCUCCAUUGGAUUCACUGGCAGGGUUAAAGAGUCAAAGGGGUGGACUAUGUUCAGUUUGUGUUACAAUUUGUCCAGCUGAAAAAUUUUCUACUUUAACAUGUGGACAUUCAUUUUGUAAAGACUGUUGGUGCAUGCAUUUUGAAGUACAAAUAACUCAAGGUAUUUCUACAGGAAUAAGUUGCAUGGCACAAGAUUGCAAUGUCUUAGCUCCAGAAGAUUUUGUUUUAUCUCUACUUACAAAGCCUAACAUGAGGGAAAGGUAUCAACAGUUUGCUUUUUGUGAUUAUGUUAAAUCCCAUCCACAACUAAGGUUUUGUCCUGGGCCCAAUUGCCAAAUGGUUAUGCGUUCAAAAGAGCAAAGGGCAAAAAGAGUGAUGUGUUCAUCAUGUAAAACUGUGUUUUGCUUCCGUUGUGGUAUUGAUUACCAUGCACCUACUGACUGUAAUACAAUGAAGAAGUGGUUAACAAAGUGUGCAGAUGAUUCAGAGACAGCUAAUUAUAUUAGUGCCCACACCAAAGAUUGUCCAAAAUGUCAUAUUUGCAUAGAGAAAAAUGGUGGCUGCAACCAUAUGCAAUGUUAUAAUUGUAAGUUCGAAUUUUGUUGGAUGUGCCUUGGAGAUUGGAAAGCACACGGAGGUGAAUAUUACGUGUGUUCACGUUACAAGGAGAAUCCUAACAUUGCUCAUGACAACGUACUCGCACAAGCACGAGAAGCUCUUAAAAAAUAUCUUCAUUACUAUGAAAGAUGGGAAAACCAUAGUAAAUCGUUAAAAUUGGAAGAACAAAGUCUCGAGGCCAUAAAAAUGCAAAUAAAUAAAAAAGUAAUGAACUCGAGCGGAACAUGGAUCGAUUGGCAACAUUUAUUUGCGGCUGCAUCGCUUUUAACACGUUGCCGUUAUACUUUACAGUAUACUUAUCCUUAUGCUUAUUAUAUGGAGCCUGGACCGCGUAAAGAAUUGUUUGAGUAUCAGCAAGCUCAAUUAGAAGCGGAAAUAGAAGAUCUUUCGUGGAAGAUAGAACAUGCUGAAACAACAAAUCGCGGUGACCUGGAGAAUCAAAUGGACAUUGCUGAAAAACGUCGAGUUACUUUACUGAAGGACUUCCUCGAGGUUUAAACACCAAGCGAACGUGAAUUUUGUUAUACAAUCAUUGCAAUCUCUCUUGCAGUCAGGCCAAACUUAUGAAACAGCUAUAGUUUAGUUCUAUUUACAAACGAAUAUCUUAUAUAUUCCAACAGGUAUUACUUUGUAUGUGGUACAUAUUAGUUAAUCAUUUGCCAUUUAAAAGAAAAAAAAAAGGAAAGAAUUCGGAACAGUACUUAGGAUCAUUUUAGUUGAUAAUGUUGCAGAGAAUAGAA